AUGGGUCUCAUCAAAGCUCAGGAUGGUACUUCCGACCCCAUCAUCACCCGCAUGGUGGAGCAGGACAAGGUGCGAUGGUGGAAGAAACCGAAUCUGCGCAUCAUGUACAUCUGGCUCUUCUGCUGCUGCAUGGGCGUCGAAAUCACUUCCGGCUUUGAUUCUCAGCUCAUUGGCACGCUCCAGUUUUCGGUCCCUUUCAACACAUAUUUUGGAGAUGGCUACAAGGACGCAGAUGGUGAAGCCAGCAUCGAACCCAAAAUCAUUGGUUUCAUGUCAUCAUGUUACCAACUUGGCUCCAUCCUCGCUGUUCCGGUUGCACCAUGGCUGAGCCAAAAGUACGGCAGACGUAUGUCCAUCUUUGUCGGCUCCGUCAUCAUGGUCGUUGGUGCUUUGCUGCAAGGUUUCGCUCAACACAUUGGCAUGUACAUCAUUGCGCGUAUGCUACUUGGCUUUGGUAUCCUCUUCGCGAUCGUCUCUGGUUCUUCCUUGAUCGGAGAGCUAGCUUACCCCAAGGAACGACCCUUUAUGACCUCACUUUUUAACGCUUCUUACUUCAUCGGAUCCAUCCUUGCCGCGGCUAUCUCUAUCAAAACAACAGAGAUGGUUGGAAACUGGGGCUGGCGUGCACCAUCUUUGCUGCAGAUCUGCCCGUCGGUCCUGCAGAUUUGCACCGUCUUCCUGCUACCUGAGAGCCCACGUUGGCUUGUCAGCCGUGACCGCGAGGAUGAGGCUUUCGCCAUCUUAACAAAAUACCACGCCGAAGGCGACCCAACAUCCAUCCUCGUACAAGCAGAGAUGGCACAGAUCCGAUCUACCAUCAAACUCGAGAUGGAACACUCCAGUCGCUCUUGGAAAGACAUGGUCCGCACGCCUGGUAUGCGACGUCGUGUUCUCAUUUCGUGCUUCCUCGGUCUCUUUACGCAGAUGAGUGGUAACACUUUGCUCUCUUACUACCAAAAUCUCCUGUUCAAGUUGAUGGGUUACACCUCCCAAUUCGCAAAAACGCGCAUCAACAUCGCCAACCAAUGCUGGAGUCUGAUAAAUGCUGUCGUUAUCGCGCUGGUUGUCACUCGAUUCCGUCGUCGCUGGAUGUUCAUGCUUUCCGCUGCGUCUAUGACCAUGGUUUUUAUGGCAAUGACUAUUUCCUUCCAGCGUCUCCAGCUUGCUGAGUCUCAGGGAACCAAGAACCAACCUGCGCAAAUUGCUUCGCUCAUAUUCUACUUCGCAUACUCCCCCUGCUACAACAUCGGCAACAACUCCCUCACGUACACCUACCUGGUCGAACUUUUCCCGUAUGCUCAGCGAACCAUGGGUAUUGGUAUUGAACAGAUGUUUGGAAAACUUGCCGGAUUCUUCUCUAUCUACGUCAACCCGAUUGCGCUUGACGCUAUCGAGUGGAAGUACUUUGCUGUCUACUGUGGAUGGAUUACUUUUGAAUUCUUGUUCGUGUAUUUCAUGUACCCUGAGACAUACAACCGCACACUCGAGGAACUUGCUUUCUUGUUCGAAGACAAGGAGCUUGCAGACGAGGCGGUCAGAGCUGUUGAGAAGACGGUCAACCACGGUCACAUCGAGGGAACGACUACCGAGCACGGCAAGAUGGAGACCACUACUAUCGAGCGCACAUCUUGA